AUGCACACGGCACAGCCAGCCGGCCGCGUCCGGCUGAACGUCGGCGGGCAGGUGUUCGAGACGACGGUCGACACGCUCACAGGCGCGGGCGAGGGAACCAUGCUGUGCGCCAUGAUGGACCCCUGCUGGAAUGCCGCCGGCGCAGCAGGCACGGCCGGGGGCGUGCCCGAGUACUUCAUCGACCGCGAUCCGGCCUGCUUCGCUUCGCUCCUCGACAUGCUCCGCACGGGCGAGCUCCACGUCCCCGCCGGCGUCCCGGAGAGGGUGCUCUUCCGCGAGGCGAACUACUACGGCCUCCUCGACCGCGUCCGCGCCGCUCGCAUCGGCGAGCUCGAUCUCGAGAGGGUUCGCCUAGCCGCGUCAGUGCCACCAGGGCGGGUGACGGCUGACCGCCCGAUCGUCCGAGCGGCGCCCGACGGAGGGUGCUGCGUCACACACACGCACGACACCACCGUGCGGGUGUACAACUGGAUGCUCGAGGAGCGCCGGCCGGAAACAAAAAUGUUUGCGAGCUGCAGAGGAAUUAGCCGCUACGACAGCUACGGCAUCGGCGUUUGGGAUUGCAUCACCGGCGAGCAGGCAGGCCCCCUUUCGUACCCCAAGCCCGAAAGCAAGAUGGGCAGCACCACCAAGCUUCAAUGGCUGCCAAACACCAAGACGCUCAUGGCGGCCAGCGUUUGUUCGUCGUUUUCCAUGGCUCUGGUAGAUUCCCGGGAUAUGAGCGUUGUGUGGUCGUGGUGGUAUGACAGCGCCCGCGAGGGGAAGAACAGAUGCGUUGUGGAUGCAGCCGUGAUGGAGGACGAGAGGUCGGUCUGCUUGAUUAGCGACCACCAUGAUCUCGGGUUACUCGACAUUCGUAUCCAGGGCAACUCCGGAAACGUGCGGUGGCUACAUCAGAGCAAGAUGAGUUCAACUUCCAAGUGCAAUAGUCCAAAGCUUGCCGUGCACGGCGGACUGCUUUUGGCGUCCAAGGAUGACACCAUCUCGGUGUUUGGCGGCCCUAAAUAUGACCUGAGGCUGGCGCUGCGCGGGAGCCAAGGCGGUGGCGCCAUUAACGACUUCUCCGUUGGGGGCGACCGUCUCUUUGCCGUGCAUAAGGAGGACAACGUGUUGGAUGUCUGGGAGACGCCGCUACCUCCCAUAAUCUAA